CGUCUUUUAAAAAAACAAAAAAAACACGCAUUUUCUAAGAAAACGUCCGUUUAGUACGCACAAAAACUUUACUCAGUAUCACACCUAUAAAAGAUCAGUAUUUUACACAUAUUUAACUGAAAAGUUAUGUGGUCGCUCCCUACGAAUUAUUAAAACCCCACCAGGACCGAUGUACUGUAAUACUGCGGUAGUACUACUACUUCCUUUACUACGCAGUAUUUCCAUGUACUGCACUGCCUUUUGUCCUCAGUGGCCGCGUUGACAGAUUUUUCUGGAAAGAAAACUGACCGUCCAGAUUUCUCCCUCGGUGUUAUGCCACCAAAGAGAAACUCCACAGCAAGUCCCACACAACCCCAGGUGAAGAUGAUAAAGAUCGGAAGUGUUUCAGAUGCGCACGAGUUUCACAGCCUCCCAAUGGAGGACAAAUACCUGGAGGAGGAGGAAGCAUCCAGCCACCUGCAUCUUCUGAAGAAUGAGCCUGAAAGUAUUGACUUUGAUGAAGAAAAUCCUGCCAGUCCAGGCAUCAGAACAGACACCAUCAGCCUGUUAAUGAAAAUAGAGCAACUUCAGGCUCAGCUGAAGUAUGAGCGCAGAUGCAGACUUUUGGCAGAGAAGGAGCUGAGGGAACUCAGAGAGAUGAACAACCUCAUGAUGCAGAUGAGGCACACUGCGCACGAGCUCCGGGUUACUCUGGAUCACGUUCUUCAAGGAGGCGAAGCAGGAGUUGCUCCGCCAACGGCUGAUGAACCGAUCUCGUUCCUAGCUGAGCCUGAGGCACAGAUGAGAGCAGCUUCCAAUGUUUCAGAUGAAGAUCAUAACUUUGUGUAUCUCUCAGAGAAUCUUCGAGUGCCAAAGAAUCUCUAUGAACGUGUUGCAGAAAUUGCAGAUUACAAGAAGUACGUUUCAGCAAUGCUGAUGAUCCUUUUUGACAGAGCCACUCUGGCCACACAUUGCCUUCAGGGCCGUAAGAACAGCUUUGUGGGAGAGGAAAGCCACAAACCUUCGUUGCCACCUGAGAUUCUGAAAAGCCUCAUGGAUCAUGUUGCGGACAAGUUCUGUGUGGACAGUAGUCAAAUCAAAACCGCAAUCCGCACAAAGCUGAACAAUGAAGACAAGCUCUUCAAGAAGAGACUGGGGAUAGGGAGAGCUGAAAACAGGGCUGUGUCUGAGCCCACCUUUUCCCAGGAUGCUUCACUUCUAGCAGACAAUGCAGUCGGAAUGAGCGACUCUCAUUUCUAGCUGGUCUCUCUUCAUCUUUUUGGCAUACUCAUCAAGGAUUGCUUUUGCACAUGGUCACCUGCUCCAAAUAUACUUCAAUGUUUGUACGUUUCUUUUUAAUUUCGUUUUACCACACUUGUUAAAGAAUGGAAACAGUUUUAGGUACAUUAAUAAAUGUGAUGUCAAAUCAU